AUGUCUACCAGUCCCACUACUGAUGAAGCUAAGGAUGAGCUACUUUCACCAUUUCGCCGGUUAUACGCUUUGACAAAGACGCCCUACCCUGCACUCGCCAAUGCAGCACUCCUAGCAUCAACGCCAGUGUUGUCCCCAUCUUUGAAGGUGCCUCCAGUCAAACAGUCCCCGGCUUUCUCGAUACCAAUGUCCAGGGUAUUUUCCAGAUCAUCUACACCUCGAGUUGGUAUAAGUGCUAAGACCGCCCUUUUUUUUUCUACAAUGCAAGCCAUAGGGGCAUACAUGAUCUAUGACAACGAUCUGGAGAAUGGGGCUGGGUUUAUUGCUACAUGGUCUACCUUGUAUUUGAUUGUUGGUGGUAAAAAGUCUUUCAGUGCAUUGAGAUAUGGGAGAACUUGGCCGUUAGUGCUAUCGUCCUUAUCAUUGGCCAACGCCGUCCUUUACGGCCAAAGGUUUCUUGCCACUGGGUUUCAAUGA